AUGGAAGGCUUUAACAUUACGCACUUUUUCUAUCAUAACGUUUCCGGAGGCUAUGAUGAUGUCGUACCGUGUACAAGAAUUAAUGCACUAAUAAACUAUGUUGUGAUAAACUAUUUUGCCCACUUUUUCGCCGUUUGCUUCAUCCGCGCCAAAGUGGACACCGUGUAUCACACUGCACCGAUAGCGACGAUCGUGCUCGAGCUGGACGAUAACUUCGAAAACGCUUUCGGUGUGGCAGUAGACAAGGGUUGUCAGUCGUUUAUUGUUACCGAGCGGACGGCCGAUGCGUUUUUCGAUGCAUUUCUACCGGUGCACGAAGCAGCCUUUCAGCGUUCGAUGGAGAAGAGAAUUCUUGUGGUACUGGAUAGCAAUUCUUCUGUGUUUCCUACCAUCAGCCGCCAGCUUGUGAUAGAAGAAAUACCGGAAAUGUUAAUUGUACUGCCCACCAGCCCAUCACCAUGCGCCACGUUUGAACUUUACACACCGGACAUAUCUGACGGUACACCAGUGACGAUCGUUCCGCGACUGUUGGAUGUAAUAGACACCCGGAAUGGUACUGUUCCACACAACACGACCAAGGAUAUCAAUUACUUUCCGGACAAGUUUGUCAACAUGAACAAACGUCGCCUGCGGCUUGGCACUAUCGAGUACCUACCAAACUCGUUCGUCGAGGAUAAGCCCCUUGGAGAAGGUAAUGCGCGGUAUAUUCUUCCUCCCAAACCAAACGUAUCGGCCAUGGUGGGCGGAACAGAACUCUGGUUAGUAACUUUGUUCUGUGAAAUUGCCAAUUGUACAACGGAAGUGAUGAUCGCUCCAGAAUGGGGCAACGUGUACGACAACGGUACCAAGAUUGGGUUGAUCGGGGCACCGGCAAAGCGCGAAGUGGACAUAACGUUGGCAGGCCUCUACACCUGGUACUCUAGCUUUCAACAUCUCGCCUUCACCGCAAUCCACUCACGGAGCGGCUGUACCUGUAUCGUCGCGAAACCUCGCAUCAUUGCCAACUGGCGUACCCCGUUCCUGUCCUUUACUGGAACGCUGUGGGCAGCCGUGCUGGCCGCCUUCGUCACCGGUACGUUCGCCAUAAUGGCCAUGUCUCGCAGUCGCCACCGCAUCCUGCAGCUAAACGAUGCUGCUGCCCGCUAUACGUUCAGCGAUUCCGUGCUAAUUAUGAUCGGAUUCUUCAUGGAGCAAGGUGUCACGAUGCCGAACGAUCUGCUGGCAUCGUGCUUGCUCUUCACGACGCUCAUGUUUGCCGGGUUCAUGAUCGGAAGUAGCUAUAACGGUGGUUUGGCCAGCACAAUGAUUGUGCCGCAGUACGAGAACAGCAUCAAUACGGUGCACGAUUUGGCUGAGACGCGUACCACGUGGGUUGGCGUUAGUGUGUCCUGGAUAUACUCGAUACAGCUCGCGUACCAGCCGGACAUGCUGACACUGCUGCAAACGUUCCGCGAGUGGGAGGAAGGUGAGAUCUUUCGCCGAGCGUACGAUCGUGAUGUGGCGAUCAUUGUCGAGCGGAUGGAAUAUGGCCAUUUUGCACAUCCGGCCAUGGAGCUGGACGCGAUGAAGGGCCGCAAGAUGAUGGCGGAAGAUAUCUACUGGGAGUCGGUGGUUGGGAUGUGUUCCAAGACGUGGCCAGCAAGGGCCCGGUACGAUCGGUUGGUGCUACAGCUGAAAGCGACCGGCAUUUUGGCUCACUGGGAGCUGAUCGGGGUGGCAAAGUAUUUGACCUUCAAGUCGCAACAGGUCAUACGCUAUUCGCGGGAAAGUGCGGGUGAUGAAUUUACACCACUGCGCAUGGCUAAUAUUACGGGGGCGCUGUUGAUAUUGGUCGUCGGGUUGUCGCUUUCGGUGGUUGUGUUUUUGGUGGAGCUGGUGUGGUACAGAUGGGUGACUAGGAGGAACGAAAGUUGCGCAUCGGAAGCAAUCAGUACUAGCUUGCAGAUCCUUCUUAGUCACGUGCUGAGGUUAGCGUUCACGGAACACCACACCAUCUGCUUCAUACGAACACCGUACGAGGAAAUUCCCUUUACCGGAACACCGGGACCAAUAGUACCUCAAGUGAUCAUCAUCAUGGAGGAGGAGGACGAUGAUCACUUUCAGGAAAAACUGCUCCAAGCCGUCGAUAUCGCUAGCUGCGCUGGAUUCAUCGUUACGGCGCAUAUCCUUUUUCCCUUUCUCGAUCAUUUCAACGAGGUACACGAGCGGGCACGAAUGAGAACCUCUCCAAAGCAUCUGAUCGCCCUAAUGUCGUGCCCGCUUGAUUCAUCGAUACGCACGAAACUGAUUGCACACAGGGAAACAUUCGAAUCGUUGGUGAAUGUGUUGCUUAUUGUUCCGUCACACAAGCAAUGCAACGUUACGUGGCAAACGAACACAACAUCGUUUACGUUACACACGACCAAACUACUUCCGAAGCAUCCGAUUGGUGUAACGGUAGAGCUGAUGCAAAUUGGUGCUGAAGUUUCCGUGCUAGCAGAGAAGCCGCUGUCCGAAAACGUGCUUGACUAUUUUCCCGACAAAGUGCGCAAUAUGAACGGAAGAAGGGUGCGCGUUAGUACGCUGGAGUAUGUGCCCUGUACGGCUUUUAAGAAAGUGCCAAUAGGGCAAGGAAAUGCGAAGGACGCCAACGAUGUCAGCCACGAGCUUUGACUGGAUGGAUUUGAGUUGAUAAUGACGCUGGAGUUUUGUCGACGUCACAACUGCACCGUGGAGCUAUUGAUCAAAACGGACUGGGGUGAACUGCUGGAAAAUGGCUCGUACUCGGCUAUUCUCGGUGACAUUGUGGAGCGGCGUGCUGAUCUCGGUUUGGGAGCACUAUUGGCUUGGCAUAGCUGGUUUGAAGUUACAACCAUCACCUCAAUGAUCGGCAUAUCGAUGAUAUCGGUACUUGUGCCGAAACCCCAGCUGCUACCCUUCUGGCAGUUUCCGUUCCUUUCCUUUCCUCCCUCGCUGUGGCUUACCGUUGGCUGCACAUUCACCGUCGGCACCGUGACCGUGUUCAUCGUGGCCAUCACUCGUCAACGCAUCCGAACCAGGACAAAGUCACAGAAGAAAGCCCGUGCCCAACACCUGCUCGAUGCCCUCUUCUUCAUGUUUAGCUUGUACGUGGAACAAUCGGCCCGUCUACGGCACGACCUGCUUGCCGCGACCGUCCUGCUAACGACGCUCCUCUUCGGUGGGUUUAUGGUCGGUAACAGCUAUGCCGGUUCCCUCGCAAGCAUUAUGACGCUUCCACGGUACGAACAAUCGAUCGAUACGGUGGCAGACUUUUUGAAGCGCAACAUGCGCUGGACCGGCGGUAGCAACGUGUGGAUCUACACACUGUACAUGGCGACGACACCGGCCAUGAUACGGAUGCGGGAGAGCUUCGUCAUCAUACCGGACACAUCGGUGCGCGAAAGGUUACCAUUUACCGACCGCAGCAUGGGAUACGUGAUCGAGGGUAUGAUGCACGGUAGUUACGGUUUGGGGACGCCGCUUAGCGCUAACGCGUCCCGGCUGCUUCAACCGCUCAAGCAUCCGAUCUACUUCGACCAUACGAACGGUUUCGUCAGCAAGGUGUGGCCAAUGCGGGACGCUUACAAUGCCUUUCUCCUGGAGCUGCAUCAGUGCGGUGUUUUGCACUAUCUGGAGCUUACGUCACUCAUUAGAAACGUUGGUCUUACGGUACAGCGAAACAUUGCCAACGCACGUACAAAGGAGCAGGAGCACGAGCCAACGCCGCUCUCGACAGAACACUUUUUGGGAGUAUUUUUCAUACUGUUUUUUGGCCUCAGUUUGGCUUCCGUCGUGUUCGUUGCGGAACUAUUGUGUCACCGGUGGAAGGGAGGAACACUAGAAAAUGCAACAUCAUUUCUAACGGCUAGUCAAUUUGACGCUAUAAAAACAUGA